GGUGAGCGCGGGACCCUGUCCUGCCCGCGGAGGAGAGACGCUGCAAAGCCGGGCUGCAGUACGCAUGCGCGGAGGCGCUCUCACUGGGAGAGAGAGGGAGAGAGAGAGGGAGAGUUAAGCGGGAGGCUGAGAGAGAAGCGCGAGAGCAGCAGAGAGGGAGCGUCUUGCUGUGUGUGCUCGGUGUUGGAUUCUGAGAUCUGCUGUGGUGUGAGUAUCUGAAGAAGACGGUAGAGAAGACAGGACCCUGGGAAUUGGAGCAAUAUAAUGCAUUCGAAUAAAAGUACACAGAACCGUUCCUGCGCCAGACCAUUAACCGCAACUCCAAGAGGCAACUGGAAGGAGGAACUGGAAGGAGCACUUAGUGUCAAGAUAAAAGUAAAAGAAAUAACCCAGGCCUGCUGAAGAGCACUGACUGGAACAGUAGCUAAUGCCAAAGAGCCUUGAGUGCGUGGUGGAUGUUCUUGGGUAAGCUGCUCUGCUGUCCUGAUUGAGGAGAGAGGCGGGACUAAGCUCUGUCUAAAGGAGGCCUAUUGGUCACUUGCGCUGAUGAUGGACAGGUUGAGAGAUUGCUGGACGCUGCUGCUGCUGUUGCUUUCCUUGGGUAAUGUGGUCACGGCACUGGAGGUCCCUCUUGACCCAAAAGUUCUGGAAGGAUUGCCACAGCCUCCAACCAUAACCCACCAGUCUCCUAAGGACUACAUUGUUGACCCUCGAGAGAACAUCGUCAUUCACUGUGAAGCUAAAGGAAAGCCUCAUCCGAGCUUCUCGUGGACGAAGAAUGGCAUACAUUUUGACAUUGAUAAAGACUCGAGAGUGAACAUGAAGUCUCAUUCUGGCACUCUGGUCAUUGACAUCAGUGGAGGGGAGAAGGCAGAGGCUUAUGAGGGUGUUUACCAGUGCACUGCCCGUAACGAGCAUGGAACAGCCGUCUCCAACAACAUUGUCAUUCGACAGUCAAACACGUUUGCCAUCAUCAAAGCACUUAUUAUGGAAGGAUCCCCUCUGUGGUCCAAAGAAAAGAUCAAACCAUACGUCAUUCAGGAGGGCACACAUUUAGUGCUGCCAUGCAGACCACCUGCAGGACUGCCGCCUCCCAUCAUCUUCUGGAUGGACAACAAUUUCCAGCGCCUUCCUCAGAGCCGCCGCGUCUCUCAGGGUCUGAAUGGAGAUCUUUACUUCUCCAACGUUGUGACGGACGAUUCCAGAAGUGACUACAUCUGUUACGCACGCUUCCCCCACACACAGACCAUUCAGCAGAAGCAGCCCAUCACCGUCCGCGUCCUCAACAUGGAUGCAAUCAAUGAGACAAUGGCAGCUUAUUUGAAUGAGACUGAUGAUUUUUUUGGUGACGCCCCAUCAGAGGAGAGACCCCCUAUAUUUAUGGUUCCAGAAGGUUCUGUCAGCUCAAAGAUGGUUCUAAGAGGACAGGUUCUGGAGAUGGAGUGCAUUGCUCAGGGACUCCCCACUCCAGAGGUCACUUGGAGUAAGGUCAGUGGCGAGCUCCCCACUAAGAGAGCUUCCUUCCAGAACUUUCAGAAAACACUGCGGAUUGUGAAUGUUUCUGAGGCAGACGCUGGAGAAUACCGCUGCACUGCCAAGAACCGCCUGGGCUCCGUCCACCACAACAUAAGAGUAACGGUGAAAGCUGCUCCGUAUUGGAUUACGGCUCCAAAAAAUCUGGUUUUGGCUCCACUGGAGACCGGAGUGCUGACCUGCCGAGCAAGAGGCACCCCCAAACCCACCAUAAGCUGGUCUAUGAAUGGAGUUUCCAUUGAGAAUGCCGCUUCAGAUCCCAGUAGGACAGUGGAGGAUGACACCAUUAUCUUUACUCAGGUUCAGAGUGGAUCGAGUGCUGUGUACCAGUGUAAUGCCUCUAAUGAAUAUGGAUACCUGCUCUCCAAUGCCUUUGUCAACGUCCUGGCUGAGCCUCCCAGAGUGCUCACUCCCCUAAAUAAAGUCUACCAGGUCAUUAUGAACAAACCUGCUCUGCUGGACUGCGCCUCCUUCGGCUCUCCUCUACCAGGAAUCACGUGGUUUAAGGAGAGUCGCUCCAGCGUUCUGCUUGGAGACCCUUAUAUGUUUCAUGAAAAUGGAACUCUAGAGAUCCCUGUGGCUCAGGCCUUCAACAGCGGCAAAUACACCUGCGUCGCCACCAACACCUUCGGCAUCUCGGAGAAUCAUGUAUACCUGGAGGUCAAAGAGCCCACACGGAUCCUGAAGCAACCUGACUACAAGGUGGUCCAGAGGAACAGGGACGUGGUGUUUGAGUGUAAAGUGAAGCAUGACCCCUCUCUCAUACCCACCAUGACCUGGCUCAAAGACAACGGAGAGCUUCCAGAUGAUGAGAGAUUUAUCGUGGACUCUGAUAGUCUUACCAUAACCGAAGUGAGAGAGAGUGAUGAAGGGACGUACACGUGCAUCAUGAACACCACUCUGGACCAGGACACAGCCAGUGCGCAUCUCACUGUUGUUGAGGCCACCCCCACACCAGCGGUUGUUUACGAAAAACCAGAUGCGCCUCGAGAUUUGGAGCUGACGGAUCCCGGAGCACGAAGUGUACAGCUCACCUGGAUCCCUGGAGAUGAGCACAACAGUCCGAUCAAGAAGUUCCUCAUUCAGUAUGAGGAUUCACUUCAUGAUAAGGACACUUGGCAUAACCUGACAGAGGUGCCAGGCUCUAAGACUACAGCUCACCUCAAGCUGUCCCCGUAUGUCCACUACAGCUUCAGAGUCUUGGCUGUUAAUGAGAUCGGCCACAGCCUGCCCAGCCAGCCCUCCCGCCAGUACAAAACCAACCCUGCAGCUCCUGAUGAGAACCCCAGUGAAGUCAAAGGCAUGGGCACAGAACAUACUAAUUUGGUGAUAUCAUGGAAGCCAUUAACGGGUCUUCAGUCCAAUGGUCCUGACCUUCAGUAUAAAGUCAUGUGGAGGCAGAUGAAUGUGGACGAAGAGUGGAACUCUGCAACAGUGGCCAAUGUCUCCAAGUUUGUGGUAGCUGGGACGCCCACUUUUGUGCCAUAUGAGGUGAAGGUUCAGGCUCUCAACCACUACGGCCACGGACCGAAACCAGCAGUCAUCAUCGGCUAUUCGGGAGAGGACUUGCCAGGGGAUGCUCCAGACAAUGUGCGGGUUGUGGUUCUGAACAGCACUUUGGCUGAAGUGUACUGGGGACCAGUUUCACCAAAAUCAGUGCGGGGAAAACUACAAGGCUACAAGGUAUAUUAUUCGAAAGAAAGAAGUCUGCACAGGCACAAUGGCCAUGGUCACUCUCAUCACAUGGAGGAGCAGACCCUGACCUUCACUGGGAACAGGAGCCAUGGCAAGCUCCCUGGCCUGCACCCCUUCAGCCUUUACAAGGUCUACGUUAAGGUCUUUAACGGCCGUGGAGAGGGUCCUGCUAGCAUUAAACAGGAGUUUGAGACUCCUGAGGGAGUACCUGGCCGGCCAACAUACCUCAGGGUAACUGACAGCAAUCAAGACUCUCUAACUCUGGAGUGGGGUCCACCCCAUGAGAAAAAUGGUCGACUCACAGGAUAUAACCUCAAAUACCAGUCAGUCAAUAACACCAAUGAGCUUGGCCGUUUGGAGGAGCUUACCGUGCCGGCCAAUGAGACCAGCAUCACUCUGCACAACCUCAAGUACAGCACGCGCUACAAGUUUUAUUUCAGUGCCAAAACACACAAAGGAACAGGCCCCAGCAUUACUGAGGAGUUUGCCACAAUAAUGGACGGAGGGAUUCCAGCUUCCCCCCUUCCACUCUCCCCAACCUCCCAGUCUCUGCGCCCCCCUCAUCACAAGGCGCAACCAGGGUCUCCAGUGUUUGGCAACGUUAGCUCGUCUAUGGGCGAGGAUGGAACGCUAAUCACUUGGGAGUACUGGGGGCCAGAAAAACACAUUUAUGUUGAAUAUAUUGUAGAAAACAGCGAUGAAGGCUGGCAAAAAGAGAUGGUAAAUGGAUCACAGUCCCAUGUGCUUAAAGGUUUAAAAGAAGGGCUGGCAUACAAAGUGCGUUUGGCGGCUAAAUCCCUCGCUAACCAAACAGUCCACCAUUCUGAGGAGCUAUUGGUAACAGUACCAGCUAUGGCCAGUAGACAAGUGGACAUCGCUACCCAGGGCUGGUUCAUUGGCCUUAUGUGUGCCAUCGCUCUUCUUAUUCUUGUUCUCCUUAUCGUCUGCUUCAUCAAGAGGAACAAGGGGGGCAAAUACCCAGUGAAAGAGAAGGAAGAUGCACAUGCAGAUCCAGAGAUCCAGCCCAUGAAGGAUGAUGAUAUAACUUUUGGAGAGUACAGUGACAAUGAGGACCAUAAACCGUUAAAAGGGAGCCGCACCCCGUCCAGUGGCACCGUAAAGCGAGACGAAAGUGACGACAGUUUAGUAGACUACGGGGAAGGCGGAGACGGACAGUUCAACGAGGACGGCUCAUUUAUCGGGCAGUAUAGUGGAAAGACAGAGAGGGACACUGUGCAGGGUCACGAGAGCUCAGAGGCCCCCUCACCUAUUACUGCCAUGAACUCUUUGAACUCUUUUGUGUAAGUGCAGGUAAAUGAAGUGAUGCAAGUAGGACUUUCCUUUUUUUGGACACCAGAUUGUUGUUGAGCAUGAUUAGAGCUCCAAGCAGAGAGAUUAAAGGCCUAAAUUCAGUAUAAGUUUAGAGAUAAAGUACGUGUAGAGUGUGUGACUCGGUGUGACUCGCAUGGAAUGCACUUAAACUGGCAUGCUGAUAUGCACUGAGGACGGACAGAUGGACAGAUGGGUGGAAAAUAAAAUAAAUAGCACAGAACUUCUCAGAAGACUUUUCUCUUUAGCUCAGCUAACAUCAGGCAACCUUUCCUCAGCUCCCUCUUAAACACAGAAGCUAUGUCAGUGCUGCAUGCAUAAUGCGCUUCUCUAUUACACAUAAACAUGGUUACUUGUAAAACUUGUAAAAUUGUUGCAUCUAAGGAACCAGUACACAAACAUACGAUACAAGCGAGAGAGAGAGAAGUAGCUCAUGUAUUAAACAGGCCUUGUGGUGCUUCUAGGAAAUACGGGGUAUGCCUUGUUUAUGUUAUUAUAUAAUAAGAUAAGAUGAAGAUGAUGAUCAUGAUGAUGAUAAAAAAUGUACAUGCAACACGCACCAGCGGAUUAAAACCUCUGCUGCAAAAAAAAAAAAUCAUUAUCUUAAGACUAAAUGUAUUAUAAUUAUGUCUUAAGAAAUUAAAAUGUGUGUAAAUAUCUGUAGAAAGAAAAGAUAAAUCCUAUUAUAUAGUAUAAUGGAUGGAAUGGGUGUUGAUCAACCAAGACAGAUCACAUCAGAUCAGAUAUUUAAGUUUAAGUACACUCAGACUCAAACUUCACGGGUGCCAUUGUCCCAACACUGUGCCACCUUCGUUUUAUUUUUGAUUUUGAAUUUGAUUUGAUUUAUUCGUGGUCACGCCCCACGAGACGUAUUCAUACUGCCUCUGCACACGCUGAGCUGCUCUGACAUGCAUGAGCCUCAUUAGCUGUCUAGUGUCACCACCUUGACCUGCAUGCGAACUCUGGUGGUUCCCAUGGCAACCAAAACCAUAGCAACCCAAAAACGGCUUCCGUACGUAUUUUGCUCCCUCACAAUGGAAACGCCAGAGCACUUUCAUUCACGUGCCCUUUUAGGCAGAGCGGCUGCGUCUGGUCAUGAUAACGGGUGCUGGGUGGCCUUUACUACAUUGUGCCUUUAUUGAGAAGUGCAGUUCCGGCUUAAUUUACAGCAGCUAUUAGAGUGCACGGGCAAUUGGGUUUAGAGAACGAGUGGGAAGGUGUUUAAAAAUGAAAUUAUGAGCUGAAAAUGAUAUUUAUUAGGAUAAUAUAGAAGAAUAUGAGGAAGCAAGCUUUGCUCUUUGCCUCAUUCAGUUUGUGUUCAGUACAAUUGUAAUUUAGUGCACAGGGUUUGUGACUGUGUGUGUGUGUGUGUGUAUGUGCGAUGAAUGCUUGAUGGAAUUGUGUGUGUGUAUGUGUGUGUGUGUAGACUAAACCCUGUGCACACACAUACAGUAUGUGUGUAAAAACUGUGUUCAUAUUACUUUGUAUUAUUAUUAUUAUUCCAUUGUGUCCAUCAUUCAACAUUAAGACCCCCUGCCAGUGAAUGAAGGGAUUUUCAUGAAUUUUGUUGUUUUAUUUUUCUGAUAACUUGCAUCAAGUUUUUAUUUCAAAUAUGUUUUUAUGUAGAUAUAUUGUUGAUUUAUAAUGUAAAUAAUAACAAUGCUUUGUUUGGCUGAAAGAAAAUCAUCAAGUGGACAUCACUGGAGCAUUCUAUAACCCUGAGGGUGUGAGGGCCUGUGAGUGUGUUAUAUAUUUUCUUUUCUUUGCUGUGAUCACUGUGCAUCGUGACAGAGUGUUAUAGGCUGAUGCUCAUUUAUGAAGGCACCAUGGAGGAUUUACUGUGUUUUGUUUCCAUUUAUUUUCCUGUCAUCAGAGCAGAUUUCAUCAACAGCUUCAUUCCGCAUAUUCCAAGCACAAUGGAAAGGACUGUCUAUAGGAAUUUCUAUAAGUGAUGAUUGAUUAUACUGUAUUACUGAGAUCUAUAUAUAUAUUAGAAUCAAUAUUCAUCACCAUUAUCUGCCUCUUUGAUUUCUGUGCAUACUGGAACUGUAAAGUGUUUUUGUAUUUUAAAAAUCAAGCAAAAGUGUUAGUUUCAGGAUUUUACUAACAGUUUUACAUUUCAUUUCUAUUUAAGUUUCCCCCACUCGAGAGUUGGAGAAUGAAAUCUCAACAACUCGAAAUUUAAUAUUGAAUAAAUAAAUAUUACUAUAUUA